AUGCCAGCCCCAUCCACACUCCGAGGGAGGAUCAUCCCCAAGCUCCGGUGCGACCAGUGUCAGGCGGCAGAAGGUCGCUGCUUCUGGGACUGCGACGACCCCGAGACGCCGCCCCAUAUGUGUCGAGGAUGUUCUGACAACCCGCAGCGUAUGGGUUGCACCUACAACUUUGUCUCGACCUCAGGCGCAGUGCUCUUUGGCUCUUCUGACCCCAUGGAUGCCGUCGCAUUCCUGGGACCCGAUGGCUUCCACAUCCGUAGCGGCCCAUACACCGAGGAACACCGCUGCGCUGAGGCCAUGAUCGAGUGGUUCUGUUCCCACACCACCAUUCACGAGUUCGAGAUAUUCGCUUCUGCGACCAACGACUUCCGCCCCUUCCUCCCCGUCGCGCUUGUGCCAUUCCGGCGCUACGCCGCCGACCUCGUGUCCUCACGAGCUCUCCUCGCCGACCGCCUGCGCCAAUGGGUCCUGACCUCCGGUCUCAACCCCCCCGUCGAGCCGACGCUGCUCAUCUGGGAGCCACCUACACUCCGUAUUCUCCCCAUGCUCCGUCAGAACGAUCUCCGUCAAGAGGAUCGUGAUGGCUGGAGGGCGUCGGGCAAGUGCGCCCUCGCCGACCACACAAUGUCCAUCAGCAGCCAGCACAUCCAAGUCGACGUCACGGGCCUUGCGGAUUUUAGGGCUCACAACAUCGCACACCCCAUCGACUGCCUCGGUCCCAACGACGCCAACGAGGAACAGCUCACCAAGCUCAACAACAACCGCCGCGAAUUCGAGGCACUCUCUACCAGGGACGACCUGCCUUUGGCGUGGGUCCUCCGUCGCCAGAUAGACAUCGUCAACGAGGAGGAGGUCAUGACCGACGUGCCCUUCCUUGUAUACCCGCACAACGCCAACCCCACCGCGUUGUACCAGUUCAGCGAUGCUUUGCGUUCAGAGACCACCGCGAUCUCAUUCCAAGGUCUUGGCCACCUCGCACAUGAUCUUCUCUACCGCGCCUUCGAUGAGGGCAGUGACGAAAAUACCGAGGGGCACGCCUCCAGUCAGCGGUGGCUCUUGCUGUACCACUGCACAAAUGAGAGCGGUUUUGAGCCACACCUGGCAAGGCAUUGUGUCGCUUAUCUCGCUCACGCUAUUCAACAAUUCACAUGA